AUGGCCGAGACAGCCUCGGGCGCCGGGGGCACGUCCCUGGACGCGGAACGUGGCAAGAGGCCUCCGCCGGAGGGCGAGCCCGCGGCCCCAGCGUCUGGAGUUCUGGACAAGCUUUUCGGGAAGCGGCUUCUGCAGGCCGGGCGCUACCUGGUGUCCCACAAGGCAUGGAUGAAGACGGUGCCCACGGAGAACUGCGACGUGUUGAUGACCUUCCCAGACACCACCGACGACCACACGCUGCUGUGGCUGCUGAACCACAUCCGCGUGGGCAUCCCCGAGCUCAUCGUGCAGGUCCGCCACCACCGCCACACGCGUGCCUACGCCUUCUUCGUCACCGCCACCUAUGAGAGCCUCCUGCGAGGGGCCGACGAGCUGGGUCUGCGCAAGGCCGUGAAGGCCGAGUUUGGCGGGGGCACCCGCGGCUUCUCGUGCGAAGAGGACUUCAUCUAUGAGAACGUGGAGAGCGAGCUGCGCUUCUUCACCUCCCAGGAACGCCAGAGCAUCAUCCGCUUCUGGCUGCAGAACCUGCGUGCCAAGCAGGGCGAGGCGUUGCACAAUGUGCGCUUCCUUGAGGACCAGCCAAUCAUCCCCGAGCUGGCGGCCCGUGGGAUCAUUCAGCAGGUGUUCCCGGUCCACGAGCAGCGUAUCCUGAACCGUCUCAUGAAGUCGUGGGUGCAGGCUGUAUGUGAAAACCAGCCUUUAGAUGACAUCUGUGACUACUUUGGGGUGAAGAUUGCCAUGUAUUUUGCUUGGCUGGGUUUCUAUACAUCAGCCAUGGUGUACCCGGCUGUCUUUGGCUCUGUCCUCUACACGUUCACGGAGGCCGAUCAGACAAGCCGGGAUGUGUCCUGCGUGGUCUUUGCCCUCUUCAAUGUGAUCUGGUCAACGCUAUUCUUGGAGGAGUGGAAACGCAGGGGAGCAGAGCUGGCCUACAAAUGGGGGACGCUGGACUCACCAGGGGAGGCCGUGGAGGAGCCCCGUCCCCAGUUCAGGGGUGUGCGUCGCAUCAGCCCCGUGACCCGGGCUGAGGAGUUCUACUACCCGCCCUGGAAGCGGCUGCUCUUCCAGCUGCUCGUGAGCCUCCCGCUGUGCCUGGCCUGCCUCGCCUGCGUCUUCUUGCUCAUGCUCGGCUGCUUCCAGCUGCAGGAGCUGGUGCUGAGUGUCAAGGGGCUGCCCCGCCUGGCCCGCUUCCUGCCCAAGGUCAUGCUGGCCCUGCUGGUCAGCGUGAGUGCUGAGGGCUACAAGAAGCUGGCCAUCUGGCUGAACGACAUGGAGAACUAUCGGCUAGAGAGCGCCUAUGAGAAGCACCUCAUCAUCAAGGUGGUCCUGUUCCAGUUUGUCAACUCAUACCUGAGCCUCUUCUACAUCGGCUUCUACCUCAAGGACAUGGAGCGCCUGAAAGAGAUGCUGGCCACCUUGCUGAUCACCCGCCAGUUCCUCCAGAACAUGCGUGAGGUCCUGCAGCCGCACCUGUACCGCCGGCUGGGCCGCGGCGAGCUCGGCCUGCAGGCCGCCUGGGAACUGGCCCGGGCCCUGAUCGGCCUGCUGAGCCUCCGGCGGCCGACGCCCCACCGCCUGGAACCCCAGGCCGAGGAGGGCGGGACGGGGGGCCGCAGGUGUCUCGGCGGGGGCUGCGGGGCUCCCGAGGAGGAGGAAGAAGCGAUGGCGGAGCGGAGGCCUGCAGGGGAAGGCGGGGAGGUCAGGGACGGGCCUCCGGGGGACAAGGAGGAGGACGAGGAGGAGGAGGACGAGGAGGAAGAGGAGGACGACGAGGACGACGAGGGCGAGGAAGGGGGCCUCCUGGACUGCGGGCUACGACUGAAGAAGGUCAGCUUCGCCGAGCGGGGGGCCGGGCGGCGACGGGCAGGCCCAAGCCCCGAGGCCCUCCUGGAGGAGGGGAGCCCCACCAUGGUGGAGAAGGGGCUGGAGCCCGGGGUGUUCACGCUGGCGGAGGAAGAUGAUGAGGCAGAGGGACCUCCUGGCAGCAGCCCUGAGCGAGAGCCCCCAACCAUCCUGCUUCGCCGGGCUGGGGGCGAGGGCCGAGAUCAGGGGCCUGAUGGGGGCCCCGACCCAGAGCCGGGUUCUGGAGAAUCGGCAGGGAGGCACAAGAAGCAGAACCGGUCGUCUUGGAUCGACCCGCCGGAGGAAGAGCACACGCCCCAGAUCACCCAGGCGGAGCUGGAGAGCUGCAUGAAGAAGUACGAGGACACGUUCCAGGACUACCAGGAGAUGUUCGUGCAGUUUGGCUACGUCGUGCUCUUCUCCUCGGCCUUCCCGCUGGCCGCGCUGUGCGCCCUGGUCAACAACCUCAUCGAGAUUCGCAGCGACGCCUUCAAGCUGUGCACCGGCCUGCAGCGGCCUUUCGGCCAGCGUGUGGAGAGCAUCGGCCAGUGGCAGAAGGCCAUGGAAGCCAUGGGCGUGCUGGCCAUCGUGGUGAACUGCUACCUCAUCGGCCAGUGCGGGCAGCUGCAGCGCCUCUUCCCCUGGCUGAGCCCAGAGGCCGCCAUCGUGUCCGUGGUGGUGCUCGAGCACUUUGCUCUGCUCCUCAAGUACCUCAUCCACGUGGCCAUCCCUGACAUCCCAGGCUGGGUGGCCGAGGAGAUGGCCAAGCUCGAGUACCAGAGGCGAGAGGCCUUCAAGAGACACGAGCGCCAGGCCCAGCACCACUACCAGCAGCAGCAGCGGCGCCGGCGGGAGGAGGAGGAGCGGCAGCGCCACGCGGAGCACCACGCGCGGCGGGAGCGCGACGCCGGCCGGGAGGAGGCGCGGGCCGAGGGUGCGGGGCCGGACGCCGCCUCCGAGAAGACCUCGGCCAAGGCCAAGGGCGGCGCGGCGGCCGGCCAGGGACCAGAACGGCCCAAGCGCCCCGGCUCGCUGCUGACGCCCAACAACGUCAUGAAGCUGAAGCAGAUCAUCCCGCUGCAGGGCAAGUUCCUGUCCUCCGGGACCGCGGCCUCGCUGGCCGGCACCGGGGCUGGCGCUGCGGCGCGUCCGGCCCCCGCGCAGUCACCCACGGGCGGCGACACGCGCCUGCCCGCUUUCCUCAGCUUCAAGUUCCUCAAGUCGCCCGAGGCGCGGCGGGAGCCCGAGCGCAGCCACUCCCCGCCCAAGGCCUUCCACGCGGGCAAGCUCUUCCCCUUCGGGCCGCGCGCGGACGCAGCCAACGGGGCGGGCGGACAGGCGCGGCCCGACGGGACCCCCGGCGCCCGGGCCCUCAGGAGCGGGCCUGCGGAUGAGGCCUCGGCGGAGGAGCUGGACGCCCCCCGGGCCGAAGAGGAAGGCUCAGGGACAGCGCUGGCCCCCGUGGGCGCCCCUGCCCUCCGCACCCGCCGCAGCCGGAGCCCUGUGCCGCCGCAGUCCAGGCCGCUGCCCCGGCCCCCGACGCCACCCGCCGGCUGCUGGCAGUGGGACGCGCCGUGGGGCUGCGGGGGCGAGGGCGCCGCCCUCCGCCAGGCCCCACCGGCCGCCGAGUGUCCGCCCUGUGCCCUGGCCGGGCCCCCGCCCGCUCCCCAGCUCUUGCCGGGGGACGCCAGCUUCUACAGCCUCCCACCCCCGCCGCCCGACCCCGAGCCCCCUGCGCCCUCGCCCAGCCCCAGCCCCCAGGCCGUGUGCUGGCCCAGUGGCUGGCACUAG